AUGACUAACUUUUUCAGUAGGUCGCCUAAGCAUGGUGCUAGUGUUCAAGAUAUGGAUGUUGCUGAUCUCUCCCAAUCAGUUGAAAAUGUAUCUAUUUGCAGUGGAAUGAUGGAUAUUGAUACAAGUUACAAGCAGCAGCAACGUCCAGUCGCCAGACAGCAUUUAAAUCAGCUCAACAAAGAAAAUAUCACGCCAGCCAGCUCACCAAGCAAAUCUAUAUUGCAUGCAUCCCCGUACCAACCACAGGACAACUAUAAAUACCAACAGCAGUUACAUUCGCUUUCUGUCAAACAGCCUCCAAAGCUAUUUAACGAAGAGGACUUUCAAAGAAAGGCAAAUGACCCCAGGACAAAAAGACUAGCAUCUGUCGCGCAACUAUACUUUCUUGAUUAUUACUGUGACAUGUUUGACUAUGUUAUUAGUCGAAGGGAAAGAACCAAGUUAGUUCAGGAUAAAUUGCAACAGGAUCCACUUUUCACCUCCAAUCAUCAGAGACAGCAGCUUGAAUGGAAGAACUAUAUUGGAAGAGAAAGAGCGUUGCUCAGAAAAAGAAGAUUGAAACCGAAGCAUAAGGACUUCGAAAUGAUAACUCAAGUUGGUCAAGGUGGCUACGGUCAAGUUUUCUUAGCAAGAAAGAAAGACACAAGAGAGAUAUGUGCUCUCAAAGUAUUGAACAAGAAUUUACUACUUAAAUUAGAUGAAACGAGACAUGUUUUAACUGAAAGAGACAUUUUGACUAAUACGAGAAGUGAGUGGCUCGUUAAGCUAUUAUACGCCUUUCAAGAUCCCAAAAAGGUAUUCUUGGCCAUGGAGUUUGUGCCAGGUGGUGACUUCAGGACAUUAUUGAACAAUACAGGCUAUUUAAUACCACCUCACGCAAGGUUUUAUAUAAGUGAAAUGUUUGCAGCUGUUAAUUCGUUGCACGAGUUGGGUUUCACUCAUAGAGAUCUCAAGCCAGAAAACUUUUUGAUUGAUUCAAAGGGCCAUAUUAAGUUAACAGAUUUUGGUUUGGCUGCUGGCUCAGUAUCAAAUGAUAGGAUUGAAAGUAUGAGGUUGAAACUACAAAACUUACAAGACUUGGAUAAUUAUCAAGUUCCAUCUAGAUUAAUGAUGGAGAGACAGAAGCUUUUCAAACAAAGUCAGGGACAUCAUAACUUGGCGAACUCCAUUGUAGGGUCUCCUGAUUAUAUGGCAUUAGAAGUUUUGGAGGGAAAAAAUUACGAUUACACAAUCGAUUACUGGUCAUUGGGUUGCAUGCUUUUUGAAGCAUUAUGUGGAUAUCCUCCCUUUUCAGGAUCUAAGCAAGAUGAAACUUAUUAUAACUUAAAGCACUGGAAAACCGCAUUGAGAAGGCCACAAACAAAAGAUGGAAGGUAUGUUUUUAGUGAUCGAACAUGGAAUUUAAUAAUAAAGCUAAUUGCAUCGCCCCAUCAACGUCUAAGAAGCUUCAGACAAAUACAAAAUAUGAGCUAUUUUAAUGACAUCAGAGAUUGGGAUAGCCUAAGAAAAAGAACGCCUCCUUUCACACCUCAGUUAGAUAAUGAAGAAGAUGCAGGUUAUUUUGAUGAUUUUGAAGACGAAGAAAGUAUGCAGAAAUAUAAAGAUGUCUUUGCCCGUCAAGAGCAUAAUGAGGCUUUAUUAGAGAAAUCCAAUGGUGCUAAAAGGCAAGAGCACAACAACUUUAUAGGAUUUACAUUCAAGCAUAAGUUGAAUCCAAACUCGAAAUUCGGCGAAGUUAAUUUGUUGAAUGGAUCGGUUCACACUUCACAGACACGUUUGGACCCAUUGUCCACACUAUACUAA